AUGUCAACAUCUCCUGAGAGCCUGCUCGGCCUCAUCAAGGCUGGGCAGGUUAGUAUGCCACCCGCGGCGCUGAUCUUCCGCCUGGCCGUCAUCACGACCAUCCUAGGUUUCUUUGCCCGCAUCGUUUACAACAUAUUCCUCCAUCCACUUCGCGUCGUCCCGGGUCCCUGGUGGUACGCCGCCACGGGCCUCCCCCGCUACCGCAUGUAUAUGUCUGGCGAUGCCCACAAGAUUUUGCGCGACAUGCACAUGGCAUACGGCGACGUUGUACGCAUUGGCCCCAACGAGGUGUCAUUUGCGGCGGCCCAUGGCUGGAGUGAUGUCUUUGGACAGAAACGCAUGCCGGGAACCGAAGCUAAUGGCGGCCACGCGUACGUGGAGAACCCCAAGGAAACGGUCUUCUAUAACAACGUCUCGCGGCCCGGAAGCUUGCUCUACAUGCCACAGGCAGACCACAUCAUGGCCCGCAAGUCACUGAAUGCGGCCUUUUCCACCAAGGCCGUCACCGAGCAGGAGCCGCUCAUUCAAAGCCACAUCGACAGACUUGUCGGUCUUCUCCACGCCGCCGCCAAGAAGAGCUCGAAAAAGAGUGACAGCAAAGAAGGUAAAGACGACCAAGACAGCAACGUCGUCGAUAUGGUCCAGUACACCAAUUGGCUGUUCUUUGACAUCAUCGGCGAGCUGGGCUUCGGCGAGCCCUUUGGCAGCCUCGUCGAUGGCGCCGAGCAUGCGUGGGUGGCAAUGAUUGGCAAAGGCGUAAAGGGUGGCGUGACCAAGGUCAACCUCCACCGCUUGUUGGGCACCACGCUUGCCCGCCUCGCCGUCUGGCUCAAAAUGACCCGCGAGGCUCGCAACCAACUCAUGUGGCACCAUGCAAUGUCCGACGACAAGAUCAGGCGCCGCCGCGUUUUAGGUCCUGGCCGGCCAGACUUUGUGACACCCAUGCUCGAAAACGAAGACUUUUGGACGACCAAGCGCAUGCACGCUUCGCUCACGACCUUUAUUACGGCCGGCGCCGAGACAUCGGCUACAGCCGUGAGCGCUGCCUUGUAUUUCCUAUCCACAACUCCCGCCCCGGCCGCCGGUGGCCAGUCUCCGCUGGAGAAGCUGCAGGCCGAGGUGCGCGGCGCCUUUUCAUCAGAGGCGGAGAUCAAUUUUGCCGGCGUCAAAAAUCUGCCGUACCUCGGCGCCGUCUUGGACGAGGCCCUGCGCAUGCACCCACCCACCGCCUGGGGCUUUGGUCGCCAGGCCAGGGCCGGCGGCACCACCGUGGCCAACGGCCAGUUCUACCUGCCCGAGGCCACCGUCCUCACCAUCUCGUACUAUGCCAUGUUCCGGAACAAGCGCAACUUUGCGCUGCCCGACACGUUCGCGCCGGAGCGCUGGCUCACGGGCGCCGGGGCCGACAAGCGCUUCCGCAACGAUCAACGCGACGCCUUCCAUCCCUUCUCGUACGGCCCCCGCAACUGCAUCGGCCGCUAUCUGGCGGUGGCCGAUAUGCGCACGGUCUUGGCCCGCAUCGUCUUCAACUUUGACCUGGCGACCCAGCCGGACAGCAUUCGCUGGGCCGCCGACCAGAAGACCUAUGCCUUCUGGGAAAAGCCACCGCUGAUGAUGGCCGUCACCGAGCGGGCCGACAAGGCGUAG